AAAUCACAAAUUAACCAUACAAAUUGUUCAACACUAAUCUAGAAAACUCAAGAAAAUUGAAGCAAAUCACAAAUUAUCCAUAAACAACAUGAUUAAUUGAAAGCGUUUUCCUCCUUGUCAAUUAAGCUUCUCCACUCUAGACUCGAUAAUAUCAACUUCAUUCCACACAAUUAGAAAGAAAAAAUUAGACAUGUCUCCACAAAUAUAAAGAAGAUUAGUUGUUUAAAUAUACCGGAAAAAUUAAUUAUAUGAGUGUGGGCGGGUACCCAUGAGGCAGGUUUACCUAAACCCAAAUCCAACCCGGUGAAUUGUGAACGGGUUUAAACCCAAACCCGGCCCAAAACCCGUCAACACGAAUUUUACCCGCGUUGACCCGGUUGGAUCGGUGGGUACCCGUGAGUUUGGGUUUUGUUGUCAUCCCUAACCACACCCAUCCCAAUUUCCACCCCUACUUGUGGUUGGAGAGAAGGAGCAUGGGAGCGGAGGCUAACGAAGCGCGUGGAUGGGGAAAGGAAACCAUGUAAUGUAAGAUCAGAUGAACUCAUCGCAUCCCCCAAGUGGGCGGAGAGAAUGAGACGACGACGCUCUGUUUCUGUUGAAUCUUCUAGCCGUCCGUUUGCCCUCUCUCUUUCUCUGCUCUGCUCUGUUUCCUCCUUGUUUUUAUGUUUUUUUUCCAAAAUCGUGGGAUACAAAAAACUGCGGAAGAAAAAGAAAAAGAAGAAAGGAAAAAACAGUCUCUUUCAGCAGAACCCAACAGCACUACAGAGGAAGAGCAGCCAGUCAUGGCGGAUGACAACAAUGGCCACUUUUGGAUUCUUGCCCGAAUUUUAAUUACGUAGUACACCAGUACUACUCCUCCUCCUGACGUAAAUUAGUAAUCAACUUCUUCCUUUCUCCUUUUUCUCUUUCUGGGUUAAUUAGUUGCUUAAUUAAUUCCUGAAAGUUGCUGAUGAAAUUAUCCGAAACCUAACCAAUAAUGGUAGUUUAAUGUUGAGAUUCAAAGCCCCAAAGCAGCAGCAGCAGCAACCCCCAUCUCUCUCAUCUUCGUGACCUUCUCUCUGUGUCUGCUGCCACGAGAGAUCUCUCAUCUCCUACAUCUGAUAAGAAGGUAUGAAUGAAGCCACCAGCUCUAACUUUUUUUGUUCCAGUUUGUUUUCUACUUUCAUUCAUGGCAUCGGUGUGACUUACCUACCUGGUUCUCUCUCUGUCUCUCUCUCUCUCCGCCUCUGUCAGUCUUAUCCGUCUCUGUUCAACUUCACUUCACUACCCUUUUGAGUUUUGACCCACUCUGUCUCUCCUCUAUGUGGAAUCAAUUCUUCUACUCUCUGCUGGCAUAUCAAUAGUAUAUAUUCCUAUGGCGUUUUUUGGGGCACGUUUGUUUUUACUUUAUUGCGAUGUUUGAGGCUGUUGACUGGGGGUGGGAUCUUUUUGGAAAAAAGAAAGAACUCAAAGGGUGGAGUUUUGAAUUCCUGCAGUCUUUUCUGUUUUAAAACAAAGGGUGCGGUUUCGGUUUCAAAUCUCUGCAACCAUUAUGUUGAUGGAAGUCUAUUUCCCAACUAGAUUCGGAUUGAGAGGUGAAAGAUGCAAAAUGGCAAGUUUGGUUUGGAACACCAUACCUGAUUUCAUGUUGGUAAAGGUUGGGGGGGGGGGGGGGGGGGGGAAUUGUUUGCUGUCUCUGCAGUAAUGGUUACAGUGGAAUAGCUUCCUCUCCUCUCUCUUUUUUUUCCCCUCCUCAUACCCAUGUUCUCUGCACAGAAACAGAAGGGAAACUGAGGAUUUGAAUAGUAUCAUGCUGCUGUCCCCUCUAAAAUGGGGGUUGAUGACAGAUUUAGCAGUUACACAUGCAUCCUGGACUUUGGAACUAUUAUGGUGUGUUCAAUUUAGAAGUUAGAAAUGCUCACUUUCGAUGAUAUGUUCUAAAAGAGUUCCCUCACUGUUCAUGGGGGGAUCAUAAGUAUGUGUUACUGACACAAACCAAUUGAGUAAUUCCCAAGCAAUGGAUCUGUUAUCUACAAGAUAUGCUUGCUAGACUUGGAAAGGAGGGAUCAAUUUGUGUGUGUACCCAUAUGUUGCUGAAAAAUUCAGUAACUCGUUAGCCGAAUUUUCCUUAUUUUUCAAAUUUGAUUAACAAACUUCUUCUUUUGCUUACAGGUUACUGGAAACCAAUUUGUUCACUACUUAUUUAGGUCCCUAUCCGGUUAUAGAUGCUUCUAUGCUACCUCAAUGGAGCGGAUUUUAUGCAUAUACUCAAGCUGUUGAAGCUUCAUUAUAAUUGCAGGGAUGUAAACCGUCGGUACUUGUCAUAAAGGGCAAUGAACAGCAGAUCUAUGGUUUAACAGUGGGGUUCGAUUUGUGGAGAGAUUUGAAGGAGUACAACUGUGGACGUAGAGUUAUCCUCGGCUUCCAAGGAUUGUGUGUUGAUGGCAAUGCUGUAGAGUUUCUUUCUUUCAGUUGAAAUAUUUGCAACAUCCAAGUUCACUCAAGUCAGUUCACAUACAGCAGGCCUUUGCCUGAUAACUUUUGUUGGAAAAGAAGAUUCUUCUUUCUCUGUGGUGGAUUAUCUCUCGACAUACCAUUAUGAAGAGCCACGCUGUUGUAUCUCUGAUGAAGACUGAUUCUCCUGGAGGUGUCACAGGUCCAUUUUGCACACCGCUCUCUCCCAUUCACAACUUUUUUGGUGCUGAAUCUGAUGGCAAUAGUGCACUGACAAAUGAAUGCUCAUCCUCUCGUUCAUCCCCUUUCAUACGAACAGACUCCCUCAACUCUCACAAUGGCUUGCGUUUAUCAACUGCAGAACCUGAAACAUAUAACAUAAAAUCUGGACCAGAUAGCCCUCUUUCUUUUGGUUCUCAGGUCCACCAUUCUAAGAGCACAUUUCAGCGCUCCUCUAUGUUCUGCACCAGUUUGUACUCAUCAUCGACUUCUUCUUUGAGCUCCGAGGCAGGCCGACAGUUGGGGAAGCUUCCUUUUCUCCCACUCCCUCCUGCUUGCAGCCUAUCAACUUCAGGUGUUGCUUCAACAAAAUCUCCACCGCUUUUCAGCGAGGAUGUGAGCAACACAUAUGAUGAGGAUCAAUCUGAUGCAUUCAUGAAGGAUUUUCUUAACUUAGCGGGAGACACUUCUGAAGGCAGCUUUCAUGGUGUGAGUUGUGCAAGUGGUGCUUCGGAGUUUACAGAGCAGUUGGAGUUACAGUUUUUGUCUGAUGAACUUGACAUUGCUAUCACGGACCAUGGUGAAAAUCCAAGAGUCGAUGAUAUAUAUGAAACACCUGAAACCUUCUCAAAACCAGUCACAGUUACGACGUCCAAUCAAAACCUUACCUCUGCUGGGCCACCAGUUGAUGUGCUUUCUGGUCAACCCUCUCCCAUGGGCGCUUCUGCUCACAAACCAAGAAUGAGGUGGACACCUGAGCUGCAUGAAAGCUUUCUAGCAGCUGUGAACAAGCUUGAUGGAGCUGACAAGGCUACGCCGAAGGGUGUAUUAAAGCUAAUGAAUGUGAGCGGUUUAACCAUUUAUCAUGUGAAAAGCCACUUACAGAAAUAUCGCCUCGCCAAGUAUUUGCCCGAGAAAAAAGAAGAAAAGAAGCCUUCCAGCCUUGAAGACAAGAAACCAGCUUUAGGAAGCCUUGAGUUUGAUGGGCGGCGAAAGGGGAGCCUUCAAAUUUCUGAGGCUUUGCGCAUGCAAAUUGAAGUUCAGAAGCAGCUGCACGAACAGCUAGAGGUACAAAGAUCCCUUCAGCUACGUAUCGAGGAACACGCAAGAUACCUGGAAAAGAUCUUGGAGGAGCAGUACAAAGCUGGGAAUGCAUUACUGUCUCCAAAAACCCUGUCAGCAGCAUCACUUACCACUGAUGUUCCAUCUCAAGAGUCCGAGGGACUGCUGCAACCGACUUCUUCCUCUGCUGACGCACCACAACCACAAUCUGGCGACGAGUCCAAAGCUGAUUCAACAGCAGCAUCGUCGCCUCCUCCAUCAGCAAAGCUCCAAGGCCCCAGCGGUGGUGAAGAAGAGAUGGUUGAGGGCCGUAAACAAGAGUGCAAGAAAAGAAGUCGCGUGGAAGGGGAAGAAGAAGUGGCUGCUGAGGUUGCAACUCCAUUGUAACCAAUGUUUAUCAUCCACUGGUUAGCUAUUCUGAAAAGAGAAGUUUAGUAGGUAAUCUAUGAAGCUACUUUGCACUGUCCAUUGUAUUGGAUUGUUUGUAUGUAUGCCAAUGCCAUGUUGUUGUAUGCUGUUAUCUAGGAUUCUUUGGAUGUAUCUUUGGGUUUUGGGGAGAGGGUUUCUUCCUUGUAAGUAGUAGAAGUUUGGAUUGAGAUUUUGCUUCACUUUCUUUUCUUUUCCUCGCAGUUUUUCUUUUGGCAGUUUGAACUGAAAGAGAAACUGGACAUGCCCUUUUAAUUGUACAAACUUUAUGUAUGAAUGCCAUAUAUGCUUGUUUAGCCCAAGAACACCUCUCUCAAGUGUGGAGAUAUUGUGCUCAAUUGGAACUGACUAUACCCCAAGAUACAUUAAACGAAAACCUGAGCACAUGCUUGCUCCGCAACCGCCUCAAAAUGUCAUUCAUAGCAGUUCAAAAUGUACAAGUAGCAUUACUCAAACAUAAAGGUACUCAUGACCAUCAUGAUUUGCAAGAGUGGAUGUGCAUUACUGCAUACGGCAGUCGCCAUUGCUUCUCUGCACAAGAUUGCGAAACCGUACCGGAGGUUAUAUCAAAAUUAAGUGCCAGGGUAUUUUGUACUGAAACGUGAUUUAACUACGUCAAGAGCAUCAUAUAAAUCUCGUUUUCAGAACCAGACUGGAUUUGUUGGCCGGCCAGUAGAACCGUCGAACCGAUUGUGAUAACGGGCCGGUUCGUUUGUUUGGACGGUUGACAAUGAACCCUAUAAUUGAUAACCGUUGUCGUCGUUCACUGCCAACACUUUCCUUUACAUGUUGUCCCGCUCAGCCACCGGUCAUACCGGCAAUCACACAACUCGUACCAUAUUCUUCAUUGUUGCGCCAUCCAUUUAGUAUUGUAUUUUUUUUUUCUUCUAAUCUCCUAUUUAUGCACUUCCACUAAUAAAUUUUAUUUCCGCCUAUGAUACCCAGACUUUUAGUUUACCCUUUACAACAAAUAUCUCACAAAAAA